AUGAAUUAUGUAAUUAAAUAAACAGAAUAAUUUUUAAGGGCACUUAAAACAUGCCAUUCUAUUGAUUAGAAUUUACAUUGCUACUUUUCAAAUGAAGGAAUUUUAUUAUUAAGCAACUAUGAAUAGUUUGAGGAUGUUGAUACUAAAAAGCCCUCUUUUUUUUGUUAUUUCAACUCUACUUCAUUUGAAUAAGUCCACACCAAUUCUAUUCACUAUAAGAUGCCUUAAACAUUGUCCCCUGAUCUAUAGAUUAAACUUUAAAAGCUCAACGCAUCUUUGGACAAAUUAGUCUUUGAAUUAAACAUUCUAUAAUUAUAUACAAGUUUAAAGCCUUUUAAAAAAUAAAUUAAACGAAUAGAGAUUUAAGUUUAUUACACGAUUUCCUAAUUAAGAGUCAUACAAAAAUUUAAAAUGAUUGUUUUUUUUAAAGAUUCAUUUUUUACUAUCGAAUGCCCAAUCAUACAGUUGGAUGAAGUUUAACAAAUGGAAUUGAUAAGAAAAUACAUGGAAAACAGAAGACACCUAGAUGUGUUGGAGGUUGAUUCAGAAAUCUCGGAAUACUUAAACGAUUUUAAUCAAAAGGAAGCAAUUUAAUUAAUUUUGAAAAGAAAUAGCAUAGAAAUCCAUUUAAAUAGUUAAAAGCAAGACACGACUCUUGAAUUAAAUAGCGGAUUUUUAACUUAAUAUAAGUUUGAUGAUUUCUCUAAUGUGUACAAAAAUGUUAAUACAAUCAACAUCGAACCAAAUGUAUUAACUCCUUUCCAUGGAUAUGGAUUCAAAAUCUCUAUUUCAAAAGAUAUCAAUUAAAAACCGAGGAUAUUUAUAUCUCAGGACUGGCAAGAUCAAAUCAGCAUGGUUUUAAAAUCCAUUACCAGUUUAAUAAAGAAAAUCAAAAUUAUUUCAAUUUUAGAUGAUGAUUGCAAUGAAGAUGAAUUGCUUGAAAUUAUAGCUGAAUAUUAGACAGAUAGAAUGUAGGAAUAAGAAUGCUAAUAAAUUGAAGAGCAAUAAGUCAGAAAAAAGAUUAAAAUGAAUUUGAAAAGUUGAUUCGCAUUUUUAUACAAAUAAA